AUUAGUGAUCACAGCUUUGUCUCGGAGCACACACACACUAAUGGAUUCUGGACCUCUGCUCUCACUGACGCUCUUCGUGAGGGUGUUUAUGAUUUCUGCCACAGCAUCAGCGCUGAACCUUGAAGGGGAGCUUUUUAAAGAUCUGAUGAAAGGCUACAACAAAAAUGUCCGGCCGAUGGAGAAGAGCGGUGACAUCACUCAGGUCCACAUCAAGAUGACUCUCACCAACCUCAUCUCUCUGAAUGAAAAGGAGGAGGCCCUGACAACAAGCGUCUGGAUAGAAAUGCAAUGGUGUGACUACAGGCUCAGAUGGGACCAGCCGCCCAGGUCAGCACUGUACGGGAACAUCACCUCUCAGAUGCGGGUUCCCUCUAAGAGCAUCUGGCUGCCGGACGUCAUACUGGAGAACAAUGUGGAUGGACAGUUUGAGGUUGCAUAUUACUGCAAUGCGCUGGUGUCUCCUGACGGCUGUGUGUACUGGCUGCCUCCUGCCAUCUACCGCAGUGCGUGUGCCAUCACUGUCAACUACUUUCCCUUCGACUGGCAGAACUGCACCAUGGUCUUCCGCUCCCAGACUUACAGUGCCAACGAGAUCGAACUGGUCCUCUCACAGGAGGAUAACCACACGUUGGAGUGGGUGGAUAUCGACCCAGAGGCUUUCACAGAAAAUGGAGAGUGGAUCAUCAGACACAGGCCGGCUAAGAGGGUGAUCAACCCCCAGCACAUGAAGGACGAGCUGGGGUACCAGGAGCUGGUGUUCUUCCUCAUCAUCGAGAGGAAGCCCCUCUUCUACAUCAUCAACAUCAUCGCUCCCUGUGUGCUCUUCUCCUCCCUCUGCCUCCUCGUCUUCUACUUACCUGCAAAAGCGGGCGGUCAGAAGUGCACCAUGUCUAUCGCCACUCUUCUGGGCCAGACUGUGUUCCUCUUCCUUAUCGCCAAGAAAGUUCCGGAGACUUCGAAGGCAGUGCCACUUAUUGGCAAGUAUUUGAUGUUUGCGAUGUCAGUGACCACGAUGGUGGUGAUGAACUGUGUGAUAGUCCUCAACGUCUCCCUGAGAACCCCGAACACUCACAUAAUGACAGACAAAGUCCGAAAGAUCCUGCUAAACAUCCUGCCUCGGCUGCUGAGAAUGCAGAUGCAACCCUGGACACCAAACAACGAAUACACCCCAGAAGCUGGAAACAGUAAGACUCUGGCUACAGAGAGGCACCUGGUCCCCUGUCGACGCCGCAGCUCCAUAACCCUCAUCACCAAGGCGGAGGAAUAUGUGAUGAAGACUGCUCGGUCUGAACUCAUGUUCACCAGACUCAAAGAGAGAAAUGGACUGAUGAAAUCUGUACUGGAGAAACUACAUGAUGGGCUGGAGGGAGGCACUGCCGAGCACCUCAGUAUCAGCCUGGCGAAGGCCUCUCCAGAGCUGAAGAAGUGUGUGGCCUCCUGCAAACAUAUAGCUGAGACUGCAAGACAACAGAGCAACUUCCAGAAUGAGAAUGAAGAGUGGUUCCUGGUGGCCCGGGUGAUCGACAGGGUCUGUUUUAUCAUCAUGUCGUUGGUGUUUUUUAUCGGCACGAUCGGCAUCUUCCUGAUGGGCCAUUUCAACCAGCCUCCCUCCUCGCCUUUCCUCGGGGAUCCCAAGAAGUAUCUCCCUCCAAUGAAAAACCUUACUGAUCUAACUGGGAUGGACUUCCUAGGGUGAACCAGGGGAAAAUCUCCAGAUUUUUACCCCUUUUUAUAUUGAAGGGAAAAUCUUUGUUUGUCCGUCAGUGAUCUUUCACUAACGACGUGGACACGGAGAGGACGGAGAAGAUACAGCUGUGUGUAUUUUCAUUUGGUGAUGUGGGUCUGUGGACUAUCACAAAGUCAAAAAUGCUUGUUCAUGGUGACAGUAGAUCCACUGCACAGAUGUGCGAUUGCCAAACUUAAGCCGUGAUGAUGCAUACUGGAAUCAGCUGUAACUGGUUGUUGAGGUUGAGAAUGUUUUUGCAUAAAAAAAGUUGUUUCUUCAGCUGCUUCUGAGUUUAAAGGCAGUUUCAAGGCCUUCGAUAAACUCCACGAAACAUCUGUUAAUCACACAUGUAUAAAGGUGCCGAACGCAUG